AUGCAAAUGAAUAAUUCUUCACCAUCCCCGUUUGCCAAAAGAUUGCAUGGCAAAGUCGCCAUAGUCACCGGUGGUGCAAGCGGUUUCGGUGAAAGCACGGUGAGGCUUUUCACCAAACAUGGCGCCAAAGUGGUGAUCGCCGACGUCCAAGACGAACUGGGAACUUCAUUUUGUGAGGAACUACUUUCUAAACCCGGAAAUGUGGUCAUGUAUGUUCAUUGUGAUGUUACCAUUGAUUCCGAUGUUCAAAAUCUCGUCGACACCACGGUUUCCAAAUAUGGAAAGCUGGACAUCAUGUUCAACAAUGCAGGUAUCUCCGGCGAAUCAGAUAUCACGAUACUAGGAUCUGAUAUCAAUAAUCUCAAGCGGGUUAUCGAAGUGAACGCCUUUGGUUCGUUUUUGGGAGCCAAACACGCCGCUCGGGCCAUGAUUCCGGCAAAAAAUGGAGUGAUUCUGUUCACUUCAAGUGUGUCUUCUGUGGUUGCCGGAGUUACGUCACAUGCGUACGCGAUGUCAAAGCACUCGGUGGUGGGGUUGAUGAAGAAUUUGUGUGUGGAAUUAGGAGAACAUGGGAUACGGGUGAACUGCAUCUCACCUGGCGGCGUUGCUACGCCGCUGCUGGUUAAUGCGAUGGGAAUGGAGAAGAAGGUGGUGGAGGAUGUGCUGAGUGCAUCGGGCACUUUGAAAGGUGUGAUGCCGACGGUGGAGGAUGUGGCGGAGGCGGCGUUGUAUUUGGGUAGCGAUGAGGCAAAGUUUGUGAGCGGGGUGAACCUGGUGGUGGAUGGUGGUUAUAGCAUCACCAAUUCGUCCUGGCCAACGGUGGUCAAAAGUUUGAUGUCUUCAACUUAA